UACUCUCUCUCUCAUCCCAUGAAGACCCUUCAUUAAAACCCCUCGUACCCAUCUCUGUCUCUCCUCACAAGCCCAGUUUCUUUUCCUUCUCUUUGCUUUGCCAUGGCUGGAGGAGGUUUAGUUGCAGGCUCUCAUGGCCGCAAUGAACUCCAUGUUUUGCAUGGCCCGGACGAGCCUCGGUCUCCGGCUCAUGGGUCUGUAGCAAAGAUAUGCAAAGUUUGCGGAGAUGAGAUUGGACUCAAGGAAAAUGGUGAGCCGUUUGUGGGGUGUCAUGAGUGUGGGUUUCCGGUUUGUAGGCCCUGUUACGAGUAUGAGAGAAGUGAAGGGAACCAAUGCUGUCCUCAGUGCCACACUCGCUAUAAGCGUCACAAAGGCUGUCCUAGAGUUGCAGGGGAUGAUGAAGAAAACUUUGAUGGUGAGGAUUUUGAUGAUGAAUUCCAGAUCAAGCAGCAUCCACAUGAUACCACAGAUCCUCAGCAUGCUGCCCUUCACUCGGAAAAUGGGGACAAUAAUCAAUGGCAUAACAACGGCAAUGUUUUUGCUUCUUCCAUUGCAGGAAGUGUAGUAGGGAAGGAAUUUGAAGGAGAGAAAGAGACAUAUACGAAUGAGGAAUGGAAAGAGAGAGUUGAGAAAUGGAAAACCAGGCAAGAGAAACGAGGCCUAGUUACCAAUGAUGAUACUAAUGGAGGGAAUGACCAAGGAGAUGAAGAUGAAUACCUAUUAGCAGAAGCGCGGCAACCCCUGUGGAGAAAAGUCCCGAUCCCGUCAAGCUUAAUAAACCCGUACAGAAUCGUGAUCAUCCUCCGCCUCAUCAUCCUCGCAUUCUUCUUCCGAUUCCGAAUCCUAACCCCAGCCUACGACGCCUACCCUCUCUGGCUCAUCUCCGUCAUCUGCGAGAUCUGGUUCGGCUUCUCAUGGAUUCUCGACCAGUUCCCCAAAUGGUUCCCCAUCACUCGCGAGACCUACCUCGACCGCCUCUCCCUCCGCUUCGAGCGCGACGGCGAGCCCAACCGCCUCUCUCCUGUCGACUUCUUCGUCAGCACCGUCGAUCCUCUCAAGGAGCCUCCCAUCAUCACGGCCAACACCGUUUUGUCCAUCUUGGCCGUCGAUUAUCCCGUCGACAAAGUCAAUUGUUAUGUCUCCGACGAUGGGGCUUCCAUGUUGUUGUUUGAUACCAUGGCCGAGACUGCUGAGUUUGCCAGGAGGUGGGUGCCUUUUUGUAAGAAACAUAGUGUGGAGCCGAGGACGCCCGAGUUUUACUUCUCAGAGAAGAUUGAUUAUUUGAAGGAUAAGGUUCAGCCCACUUUUGUCAAGGAGAGGAGAGCUAUGAAGAGAGAAUAUGAAGAGUUCAAAGUGAGGAUAAAUGCAUUGGUGGCAAAAGCUCAGAAGAAACCAGAGGAAGGAUGGGUCAUGCAAGAUGGUACCCCGUGGCCUGGAAACAACACUCGUGAUCAUCCUGGCAUGAUUCAGGUUUAUCUAGGGAGUGGAGGAGCACUGGAUGUCGAAGGUAAGGAGUUGCCAAAGCUUGUCUAUGUUUCUCGUGAGAAGCGACCUGGCUAUCAACACCACAAGAAAGCUGGUGCAAUGAAUGCUUUGGUUCGAGUGUCUGCAGUUCUUACAAAUGCACCCUUCAUGUUGAAUCUGGAUUGUGAUCACUACAUCAACAACAGCAAGGCUGUAAGGGAAGCUAUGUGCUUUCUGAUGGAUCCCCAGCUCGGAAAGAAGCUCUGUUAUGUCCAGUUCCCCCAGAGGUUCGAUGGCAUUGAUCGUAGUGAUAGAUAUGCUAAUCGCAAUGUCGUCUUCUUUGAUAUCAACAUGAAAGGCCUAGAUGGGAUCCAAGGGCCGGUAUAUGUUGGGACAGGAUGUGUUUUCAACCGGCAGGCAUUGUACGGUUAUGAUCCCCCAGUGUCUGAGAAGCGGCCAAAGAUGACAUGUGACUGCUGGCCUAGUUGGUGCUGCUGCUGUUGUGGUGGUUCAAGGAAGUCCAAAUCAAAGAAGAAAGGAGUGAAAGCUAUGCUCGGCCUUGGAGGCAUUUACAACAAGAACAAGAACAAGAAAAUGAUGGGCAAGAACUACACCAGGAAAUCAUCAGGACCCGCCUUUGAUCUGGAAGACAUUGAAGAAGGGCUUGAAGGCUAUGAUGAGUUGGAAAAAUCAUCACUCAUGUCUCAAAAGAAGUUUGAAAAACGGUUUGGCCAGUCACCAGUUUUCAUUACCUCCACCCUCAUGGAAGAAGGUGGCCUUCCUGAGGGGACUAAUGGUACUUCACUUAUCAAAGAAGCCAUUCAUGUUAUCAGUUGUGGCUAUGAAGAAAAAACUGAAUGGGGCAAAGAGAUUGGAUGGAUAUAUGGUUCGGUCACAGAAGAUAUUUUGACGGGUUUCAAGAUGCAUUGUAGGGGGUGGAAGUCAGUAUACUGCAUCCCCAAAAGACCGGCUUUCAAGGGAUCGGCUCCAAUCAAUCUAUCAGAUCGGUUACACCAAGUUCUGAGAUGGGCUCUUGGUUCUGUUGAGAUUUUUCUCAGCCGUCAUUGCCCGCUUUGGUAUGGAUAUGGGGGCAAGUUGAAAUGGCUAGAGAGGCUUGCUUACACUAACACCAUUGUUUACCCAUUCACUUCCAUUCCUUUACUUGCCUACUGCACAAUCCCUGCUGUCUGUCUUCUGACUGGAAAAUUCAUCAUCCCUACCCUAAACAACUUUGCUAGCAUAUGGUUCAUGGCUCUUUUCCUCUCCAUCAUAGUAACAGGCGUGCUUGAGCUGAGGUGGAGCGGUGUUAGCAUUCAAGAUUGGUGGAGAAACGAGCAGUUCUGGGUUAUCGGCGGUGUCUCAGCCCAUCUUUUUGCCGUCUUCCAAGGCCUCCUCAAGGUCCUCGCUGGAGUUGACACCAACUUUACUGUGACAGCUAAAGCAGCCGAAGAUGCAGAGUUUGGAGAGCUCUAUCUCUUCAAGUGGACCACCCUACUCAUCCCACCAACCACUUUGAUAAUCAUUAACAUGGUUGGUGUUGUUGCUGGGGUCUCCGAUGCCAUCAACAACGGGUAUGGUUCGUGGGGUCCUUUAUUCGGGAAGCUGUUUUUUGCCUUCUGGGUUAUUGUCCAUCUCUAUCCAUUCCUCAAGGGCUUAAUGGGGAGGCAAAACAGGACUCCGACGAUUGUCGUGCUUUGGUCUGUACUUCUAGCUUCAAUCUUCUCAUUGGUUUGGGUUCGGAUUGAUCCUUUCUUGCCUAAGCAAACAGGUCCAAUCCUUAAACAAUGUGGAGUCGAGUGCUAGUGCGGUCAGUCCUCACAUUCACAAUUUUCUAUUCGGUUUCCAACACUUUUGUUUGGUUUGUUUCUUUGUUUUUUAUGGGGCAUAUAAGAGAGUGAUGUGUAUAUGAUUGUAUGAGGCUUUUGCUACAUAUUUGCUAGCAGUGAGCCAAAUGAAAGUUGUCGCUAUUUUACAUUUGUCAAAUAUAAGAGAUGCAAUGUAACAUGGCUUUCAAUGGCA